AAAAGUAAAUAGAGUAACUAGCUUCUUCUUCUUUGAUCUUCCAGAAACCCCACCAUUUGUAUUCGUAUUCGUAUUCGUUGGUUGCAGAACUUCAGACCACAAUAGUUCUCUGGUUACUUCUCUCCAUAUAAAAUCGGCAAUAAAUUUGCUGGGGGGAAGAAUAAUGAGGAGUUCAUCGGAGAAGUUAUUGCAAGACCUGAUAUUGUACGCGGCAAGCGCCGCUCUCAGUGCUCUUGUGUUUUUUGUGGGUCUCCGACAUCUUGACCCCAACCGUGAGGCUUCCAAGAGAGCUAUCGAGCAUAAGAAGGAGAUUGCCCGCCGUUUAGGUCGCCCUCUCAUCCAGACCACUCCUUACGAGGAUGUUAUAGCCUGUGAUGUUAUAAACCCUGACAACAUUGAUAUUGAAUUUGGCUCUAUUGGAGGAUUGGAUAACAUUAAGCAAGCACUAUACGAAUUGGUAAUCCUUCCAUUACGCAGACCUGAACUGUUUUCACAUGGCAAACUUCUUGGUCCCCAGAAAGGUGUCUUGUUAUAUGGACCACCCGGUACUGGAAAGACCAUGCUUGCCAAAGCCAUAGCCAAGGAGUCUGGUGCUGUUUUCAUUAAUGUCAGAAUAUCUAAUUUGAUGAGCAAAUGGUUUGGAGAUGCACAAAAACUAGUGUCUGCUAUCUUCAGUUUAGCAUAUAAGCUUCAGCCCGCAAUCAUUUUCAUUGAUGAAGUCGAUAGUUUUUUGGGUCAGCGUCGCACCACAGACCAUGAAGCUAUGACCAAUAUGAAGACAGAAUUCAUGGCUUUAUGGGAUGGUUUCACAACAGAUCAGAAUGCUCGAGUAAUGGUUCUUGCAGCUACUAACCGUCCAUCAGAACUUGAUGAGGCUAUUCUGAGACGACUCCCUCAGGCCUUUGAGAUUGGCAUGCCUGACCGAAAGGAAAGGGCGGAGAUCCUGAAAGUGGUCUUGAAAGAUGAGAGGGUGGAGGAUGGUAUCGAUUUUGACAGAAUAGUGAGUUUAUGUGAAGGCUACACUGGUUCAGAUAUUUUUGAACUAUGUAAAAAAGCGGCUUAUUUUCCUAUUAGGGACUUACUCAAUGAUGAGAAGACUGGGAAGACAUCUAAUCAGGAACCAAGACCAUUGUCACAGUUAGAUUUGGAGAAGGCUCUGGCUUCAUCAAAAAAGACUAAUGUUGCAGCGAAUGAAUAUACUAGGUUAAACUCUCAAUCAUCGGGGGGAUGGUCAAGGCACGGCGAAGCAAAUGAUUUUCCUGUUCAAGCUGCAAUAAACGAGCUUUCUAAGAUUGUUGUCUCGCAAAUUCUGAAUAUCCAGUCAGAUGGUGCUCAAGAUCCUUCUUGAUUUUGUUUUACAGUUCUUUUCUAAAAAACUUGAUUUAAGUGCAACUGAACAGUUUCUGUCAGAUGCUAUUUUGUAGUAUUCAUUUGUUCAUGGAGGAAACUUAUCAUAUGUUCUUCUUUGAAGCUUUUGUUGUCAAGUUCAACCCCAUUCUUAUGUAUUUUAGUGUCCACCAGAUGGUGUAGUGUUCUUAUUUUGAAUGAAUGAAACAAAUAACUGAACACA